UCUCCUCUCCCUCUCAUCCACCCUCGCCCGUCACGAUGAAGCCCUAUAUUGGCCUCCCCGCCGUCGCGGCCCUUGUCUAUCGAGCCUACUCGCGAAAGUCGCUGACCACGCUGGGCCUCACCGUUGCCGCCCUGACGGCCACCGCCCACUCGCUCCACCCCUGGCCCCUCCCCUUCGUCCUGCUGGGCGUCUUCUACUAUGGCGGCACCAAAGUCACCAAGGUCAAACACGACAUCAAAGCUCGCCUGACACUGUCCGCGACCGGCUCCGACGGCGGCGAGGGCCGACGUACCCACAUCCAGGUCCUGGCGAACUCUGUCGUCGCUACGGUGCUCAUCCUCAUCCAUACCUACAUCCUCUCGAGACAGGGCGCUACACAGUGCUUCUCGAAUGGUCGCAAUGCGGCGGACCUAUUGGUCGUUGGGAUAGUCGCAAACUACGCCGCCGUAGCAGCUGACACGUUCUCCUCCGAACUCGGCAUCCUCUCCAAAUCCAACCCGCGUCUGAUCACAUCCCCUACCCUUCGUGUCGUCCCCCCCGGUACCAACGGCGGCGUCACCGGAACGGGCCUCCUGGCGGGUUUGCUGGGCGCGUUCACGAUCGCCGCAACCUCUGCGGCCCUGAUGCCUUUUUGUGUUGAAGGCGACACUGGAUCUACCUGGAAGACACGGGCGCAGUGGGCUCUGGCCGUGACGCUAUGGGGAGGCUUGGGCAGUGUGCUGGACAGCGUUCUGGGCGCUUUGUUCCAGGCCAGUGUGGUGGAUAAGAGGACCGGAAAGAUUGUGGAGGGAGCGGGUGGACAGAAGGUCCUGGUUCAUCCGUCGUCGACCAAACCCGGGGUCGCGGCUAAUACACCCACCCAGGGCUCGGCUUCUGGUGCGCAGACCGAGGCCGCCACGAAGGCGGCAACUUUGAGGGGGGCUGGAGCUACCGACGCUCCGGCGGAAGAGGCUGAUGAGGGACAUGAGAGCCGUCGGGUGGAGAGUGGGUGGGAUAUUUUUGAUAAUAAUGCUGUGAACGUGCUGAUGGCCUUCACGAUGAGUGUUGGGGCGAUGGGCGUUGCCGGUUGGGCCUGGGGCAUCGAUGCUGCCGGAUUGGGAUUGUGGUAAUCGAAACUGGAUAUGUGAUAUGGUAAUGCUGAUGCUAUGACGGCCGCUAGCUGACAGGGUAAAAAUAUAUAUAU